AUGGGAGGGUCAAAUGUUCUGAUUUCAUCAAGGGAGACUCAGAUGGGAGUACUAGAACACAUGGUGCUUCUUGCACAGGGAGUGGAAUUCUCCAGGAGGCCUCUGAGGGAGUUGGGAUGGAGAUUGUUGAGCAAGAUGGAAGCUCAGAAUCUAAAUGAAGCAGUUCGAGCUACCCCUGAUUCUGUCCCAAUGAAUAUUAUUCUUUGGAAUUGUAGAGGGGCUUUGAACCCUCGUUUUCAUGUCACUCUGAAGAAUUUGAUAGACACCCACUCCCCCUCAAUUGUGAUUGUCACGGAAACACAUGUUGGUGGAGAGAAGGCAAAGGAUAUUACAGAUAGGCUCCCUUUUGAUGGAGCAUUACAUGUUGACACUAUUGGUUACUCUGGAGCAAAAACUGAACAGGAAAUUCACGUGGUGGUUAAGGUACGUGCUCUUAACUCCUCCUGGUUACUUUCAUCAAUCUAUGCUAGUCCUAGAUUAGAUGAAAGGAAAUUGUUGUGGAAUAAUUUAGCUUCUAUUGCUCCAUCGCAUGAAUUACCCUGGCUAUUGUUGGAUGAUUUUAAUGAGUUAUUAUCUAGUGGGGACAAGCGGGGAGGUUACCCUAUUAAUCUUAGAAGAGUUCAAUUGUUUAAGGAUUGUCUGGACACUUGUGGUAUGGUGGACUUGGGCUUUCAUGGGCCUCAGUUCACUUGGGUCAAUAAAAGGGAGGAGGGUCACUUCAUUCAAGAAAGGUUGGAUAGAAGGUUUGCUAAUGCUGAGUGGAGAAGUCUGCAUCCAGAGGCGGCAAUACACCAUUUGGCCCACACACACUCUAACCAUUGCCCCGUGCUGCUUAAGUUGGAUGAUCAUGGCCCUUCUAAUUUAUGCAGGCCUUUUCGUUUCCAACCCAUGUGGAUGUCUCACCCCCUGUUCCCGAAAGUUGUAACUGACUCUUGGACUGAAGAUGGUCCCCUGAAAUUGAAUGUGGAAAAUUUCACAGCUGAUGUCAAGAUUUGGAAUAGAGAAGUCUUUGGAGAUAUCUUCCAAAGGAAAAAAAGAAUAAAGGCUGGACUUAGGGGAAUUCAAUCUAGAAUAGCUGAAGGACCGAAUAGUCAGCUCCUAAACCUGGAAUGUCAUCUUAGAAAGGAGUAUUUCGAAGUUCUUCAAUAUGAGGAGGAGUUCUGGUCUAUAAAAUCAAGGUACAACUGGCUUAUACAAGGUGAUAGAAACACGAGCUUCUUCCAUACCUCGGCCUUGAUUAGAAGAAGAAGGAACAGAAUCCUAUGCCUUAAGGACAGCCUUAGGAAUUGGGUUCAGGGUGAGAGUGAUAUCGCUGAGUUGAUUAGAAGCAGUUUCAUAAAACUCUUCUCUACUGGUGUUACUAGUGUCCCUAGAAUGAGGUGGAGUUUGGACAUUUGGCCUAGUUUCCUCUGA